AUGGCUAGCGAAUCAAACACCAGCAUACCUCUGAACGAAAAUAGUAACUCUUCGGACUGGUCAUCUGACGACGAGAAACCAAGGAAAAAACACAGUAUAGUAAUAAAACAUGUGGAUCGCACGGAGAACAUAGAGAAAAAAGAGAGCAGCAACGUGAAGCUUAAAGGUAAAAAGAAGAAACGGAUUAUAUCGGUUUGUCUGACGCACUGUCGAUACGAUGUCAUUAGGAGAGUCGCGCAAAAGUUUGGAUACAAGGAAGUUUCUGAAGGAGAGAACUGGAACCUGUACUGGACAGAUCUUUCCAUCACUGUUGACAGGUGCAAGGAAAUGAAGAGAUUUCAAAAGAUUAAUCAUUUUCCAGGUAUGUUAGAGAUCUGUAGGAAGGAUCUCCUCGCCCGAAAUUUGAAUCGCAUGUUAAGGUUCUUCCCUAGGGAUUACAGCUUCUUCCCCAAGACCUGGUGUUUCCCUGCCGACCUAGGCGAGGCCAUAACCUACAGCCGUCUAAGAAAAAACAAAACUUUCAUCUUAAAACCAGAUGCGGGCAGCCAAGGCAGAGGCAUAGUGAUCACGAAAUCAUUGAAGGAAAUUCGCCCUAUAGAUCGCGGCAUCUGUCAAGUGUAUAUAACGAAACCCUUCCUCAUAGAUGGUUACAAGUUUGACUUGAGAGUGUACACGCUCAUCACCUCGUGCGACCCUUUGAGAAUCUACAUAUACAAGGAAGGGCUAGUGCGUUUCGCGACUAGUAAGUACAAGGAACCUAACGGUGUGAAUAUAACCAACGUCUUCAUGCAUUUAACGAACUACGCGGUCAACAAACAUAGCAGGACUUACAACCAAGACACGGAAGGCGGCAGCAAAAGGAAGUUGUCAUGGUUCAACAGCUACAUGAAGAAUUUGAAGCACGACGUCGAAUCUUUAUGGUACAGAAUUGAUGAUGUGAUCAUUAAGACAGUGAUAAGUGCUUAUCCUGUACUAAAGCACAGCUAUGCAGCUUGUUUUCCCAACCACGACGUCCUACCCGCUUGUUGUGAACUCUUAGGCAUCGAUAUCUUGUUCGAUAAGAGACUGAAUCCACAGGUAUUGGAAGUGAACCAUUCCCCAAGCUUCCACACAGAUACGGACCUAGACUCCGAAGUGAAGGAAGCCUUGUUGAGCGACAUGUUCGCCAUGUUGAACUUGGAAAACUGCAACAAGAGGAAGAUAAUGCGUGAAGAUAGAAAACGGGUAAGAGAACGCUUGUUGAACGGUCUGAAUAAAGAAUACCAGGUGCAAACCAACAGUGACUCGAAAUGUUUCCAGGAAUACUUCAAGCAAGAGAUGGCUAGUAGGGGUGGGUUUAGAUUAGUUUAUCCCUGUUCCGACACGGAACAUAACUACGUUAAAUACUUCGAUCAAGGCCAGAAUUCAUUGUAUAGUGAUACAGCCUCGAGUAGAGCGAGGGAAGCUGCUCAGAACGCUUUUAGGGACGAGAUGCAUUUGAAGGCAAAAUUGGAGGCCUCCAAACGCAUUAGCCCUAAGAUAAAGUCAGAUUCGCUGUUGGCGUCAUCUUCUUCAAAGAGCAAGACUCCAAGUGUCUCAUUAUCGAUCCGUAGCGAAGGUAACAGCUCGUUUGAUCCUCAAAUAAUAGUGGAGUCCGAAGAGAAAGAAAGAUUGCAGAAGCUUGCCCAGAGAGACUAUUUGGUGAGAAGUCAAGGGAUAUUAGAACUAAUCUAUUUCUCUAUGAAGAAGAAUAAUAUACUCAGACCCCAAGACGAGAGGAAGUACGCCAUAUUCGAUAAACUGCGACACGCCAGUGCAGGCGUCAACAAGGCCAAGGGACCGGAAAUAUCCGAUAUGCUCGAAGAGAUCAGUAGGAAUACGGGUGGAGGUGAAACCAUUAUGAUGUCCAAGAAGGAAGUGUACCCAUAUGGCACCAACAGGGACGAGAAGUCGAGGGGUGCGGCCAAAUUAUCCAAGCAGAAUUUGAUUUAA